UUUAACGUGUAUUUGGAUGCAUUUAGAUUUAGAUAGCCAUUAUUGAUACAAAAAUCGCAAAAGACGGAAGAUUUUGAAUAUAUAUGCUAAUUAAUAAUUAUUCACGGCCUAUUCAAUGCGGUCCGAUGACGAUGUCGAGGAACUACAGCAGAUUCCUCAUCACAUUCAAGGUCCUCCGCAAUUACCGCCGUUAAUCAAAGGGCAGAAGCUGACGAAUGGACCGUACACCAUUACGGUGACUGAUGAAAUGGUAGCGCAAAGAGAAAGGGAGAACCUGGAGCUGUACAAAGCGUGGGUACGAGAACAACGUCGAAGGAAUAUAUUACCAGAAGAGGAGGCCGAUGAAUAUAUCGGCGACUUCAAGGAAGCCAUGGUUAGACGGAGCUUUAUCCGCAAGGUCUUUUGCCUCCUUACGCUGCAAUUGACAUUUACCAUCCUCGUCAUAUCUAUCUUUAUGUUCAUACACGAAGCACAAAAGUUUAUGAUACUGUAUUGGUAUCUAUGGAUCGUCGCCAUGGUCUUCUUUAUCAUUGGUUAUUGCGCUGUAGCCUGUUCCGUGCACGCCAGGCGAACACCUCCGUACAAUUACAUAUGCCUCUGUCUAUUGACGCUGGGAAUGUCGUACCUGGCCGCCUUCGUCUCCGUGUUUUACAGCAUCGAGGUGAUCCUCAUUGUUAUGGGGAUGACCGCGAUCGUCACGACGACAAUAGCCCUCAUAGCGACGUUCUCCAAGUUUGACCUGACAAUGAGACCAGGCUUAUUAAUGAUAAUCGGAUUGGUUUCGAUUGUGGCUAUUUUUACGGUAUUAAUAAUCCUACUAUUCACACACGUAAUGGUUUUACGUCUGGUAAUCGCUAUCAUUGGAACGUUAUUACUAUGCUUGUAUUUGUACUUUGACGUGCAAACAAUCAUGGGUGGACGCAGAAUAGAGUUGGGUCCUGAUGAAGUCGUCUUUGCAGCUACACAAAUUUAUGUUGAUAUUGUACUGCUGUAUCAGUACUUGUUGAUGUAUGGAUUCUUUCAUCGAUAA